GACUACUCACUAACGCCCGGACACAUGUACAUGAUGCAGCAGCACUUCUUCAAUGUGGGACAGUCUCGGCAAUAUCACGAACCCCAUGAAGAACCAGCUACGUAUACACUUACGGUGGAGCGGUCACAGAUUAUUUCAGACGGCAUGGGCAUCAUGACGGAUCACGAUGCGGAUCAUGAUGCUCACCAGGAGCGGCAGCUGCAGGAGUUGACGAACAGGAGUUACAGCCGCCAGGAACCGCAGCAGGCGAACCCGGCAGAACAUCAUCACACCUCCAUCCUGCAGCAGUUGCGUAUCUUGGAUCAGACAGCAGGUGACGGCGAUCAGAUAUCAGCAAGAUUCUUUCCCUGGUGGAAUUUGGACGUAGAGCUAGACGCCAACAGCAGCUUCAACACGGCAGACUUUAACGAAGAGCAGAUUUUUCUCCUCAAAAUGAAGCUGCCAGGCGGAGGACGUGAAGGACUCCUUGUGGUCACCGGCGCACACGACAACUUGGUGGGCAACCUUUUCGUCAAGCGCAUCCUGGACAUCCUCAGCGUGCAGGGCGUGACGGAUCGGGUCAAGUGGCAGAAGCUAUCCAAGCCCAUCAACGUCUCCGGCGUCGGUAAGAACAGCCAGCUCGUCGAGCGGGCCAUCGCGAUUCCUCUGAGGGUCAUCGCGAACGACGUGAAGAGCGACACUACGUAUACGGCCCCUGUUGUUGGCACUGAGGAGGACCCAUCAACGGCGCCAGCGUUGUGGGGAAUCGAAUCGAUGCGGCGCCAGCGGGCAGUCAUCGACCUGGUCAACAACGAGAUACACUUAUGCGGACCAGGCCGAGUGUACAUCAACACCCCCCAUGGCACAUCGACAUUGAAGAUCGAGAGCAGUAUGAGCGGACAUUCACUGGUGCCAUGCACGGAGUUCGACAAGUACAAGAAGAAGGUCUCUUUCAAGGCAGCGCCGCAGUACGUGACGGAGAACCAGAGCGUCACUGCGGCCAAUGAGCGCGUGCGAGCAGUCUGGGUGCAGCAACACUUCAGCGACUUCAUUGGCAAUCAGCAUCAGGGUGGCAGCCUGAAGACUACCAUGGUACGACUACGAGAUGGCAGCCACACCUCAACCAUCCGCCUGGAGACCAACUUUGAUUUGGGAGCUCCAGGCAUCGUCAACAGCAUGGAGGCACCGGCGGCGGUCGCGAGCCUCCUCGACCUGUCGUUCAAGGCAGAGCACAAGCCAUCACGAGAGCAAGUUGUUACACCACCUGCGGCUACAUCGGCAUCAGCGCACUCCCCUCCGAGGACGACGGGCGACAGCAGUGGCGACAAGGUUAUGUUCGACGUCCUCGAUGAAAAUUUCACAGCAUACCCUACCGAUGCAGCAGUACGAGCCAAGGAACGAGAACGGCACCGGAAGUCACAGGCUAUCGACCCAACGCACGCCAUGGCGAGCAAGAAGAAGUUCAAAGUGGAGCAGCAUUACGACGACUGCGGGCUCGACGACUCUAGUCUCAAGCAGGCGUCGUGGGUUCUCAACCAGACGAACACCGACAUCUACGACGACGACGAUCAGAUCAUGAACGACGAGCCGGAACAGGAUACUUGCUCUAUGACCUACAGCCACAUGCCAAAGAAAUGCAAGUAUGACUCGUUCACUGCUUUCAUGACGGAUUGGUCCUAUCCUUCACAGUACAGCUCACAUAGUAAGGACCAUUACAUCGACGUCGUGGAGAUAUGUGGAGGCAACGCCAGAACAUCACAGAUAAUGAUACACCGCUUCCAUGAGGUCAAGAUCGGCCUCAACUUCGACAUCAUCGUAGGCAUCGACCUGCUCGACCCAACGCAGGAAGCAGCUCUCUGGCAGUACCUCAAAUCGAACAAG